CUGCUUCCAAUUGCGAGGCAGAGAGCACAUGACAUAAAUGCUCCAGAUCUGCCUCGUGGGCGCUAGUUUAAAAAUAAAGGAUAUUACACGUCGUUGCUCGUCCGGAGAGGCUGCGGGAGGAGAGGCUGCACAAAGGCGAGGCAAUGCAUUGGACAAUGCUGUGUGAAUCAGAUGCACGUAUGGCACUUACAGAACCUGUCCCCACGGCUUAUCUUAAUGUGGAUGCUCAAGAAAACUGCAAGGUGUCAUUGGAUGAUGCACUGGUCAACUCUUCAGCUAGAGUUGUUGAGGUCUACAACACUGAGACAGUUGAAGAUACUAAGACAGAGGGAUCUCAGAUGGACAAGCUUGGUUUCAAAUCCUCUUCACCUCCUCCCUCGAGUGUGUGGACAACACAACGAGAUGGAGAAGUCAGACUGAGGAUGGAUGAGCAGGGCAUAGGCAGCGAGGCACCAAAGACUGUUCAUGAUCUAUUCCAGGAAGCUACUAGUAAAUAUGGUGACUAUUAUGCUCUUGCAUCCAAGAAAGGUGGCCAGUGGAUAAAGCUAACUUACAAUAUGUACUAUGAUGAGUGCUGUAAAGCAGCCAAAAGCUUUCUGAAGCUGGGACUAGAGCGUUUCCAUGGAGUGUGCCUCUUGGGAUUUAAUUCUCCAGAGUGGUUUAUUGCUGAUAUUGGAGCUAUCUUUGCAGGUGGUCUUGCCGUCGGUAUCUACACUACAAACUCUCCUGAGGCCUGUCAUUAUGUAGCAGAGAACAGCAGUGCUAACAUUGUGGUUGUGGAAAACCAUAAACAGCUGCAGAAAAUCUUAGAAGUUCAGCAUAAACUACCUCAUUUGAAAGCUAUUGUCCAAUAUGGGGAAGAGCUAAGAGAGAAGAGACCAAAUCUGUAUUCUUGGAGAGAGUUCAUGGACCUUGGCAAAGAUGUUCCAGACACUCAGCUCCGUGAAAUCAUUGACUCACUGAAGCCUAACCAGUGCUGUACGCUAAUAUAUACCUCAGGGACAACUGGACAGCCAAAGGGAGUAAUGCUCAGUCAUGACAACUUGACAUGGACAUCGUUAGCAGCAGGACGUUCCAUAAAGCUGGCAGAAGCUACAGAAAAGCAAGAACUGGUGGUCAGCUAUCUGCCUCUCAGUCAUGUUGCUGCACAGAUGACGGAUAUUUGGUUAUCAGUUACGUUUGGAGCACAAGUUUUCUUUGCUCAGCCAGAUGCAUUAAAGGGCACCUUAGUAGACACCCUGCGGGAGGUGAGGCCAACUGCGUUUUUGGGAGUUCCUCGUGUCUGGGAAAAAAUGGAAGAAAGAAUGAAAUCUGUUGGUGCAAAAUCAUCAAUGCUCAAAAGAAAAGUGGCAUCAUGGGCCAAGGAAGUCGGGUUACAGACAAACCUGAAGUGGAUGAAUGGGUAUUCUGAAGUCCCAGUGAACUUCCGCUUAGCCAGGCACCUGGUAUACAAGAAGGUUCGAAAGGCCAUUGGGCUGGAUCGCUGUACAAGGUGCUACUCAGGAGCCGCUCCAAUUACCAGAGAGACACUGGAAUUCUUUUUAAGUCUGAACAUUCCUGUGUAUGAACUGUAUGGCAUGAGCGAAAGCUCUGGGCCUCACACAGUCUCCUUACCUCACGCGUUCAAGUUUACCAGCUGUGGAAAGGAAAUGACAGGCUGCCGGACACUGAUCCAUAAGCCCGAUGAAGAUGGCAAUGGGGAGAUCUGCUUCUCAGGAAGGCACAUCUUCAUGGGCUACUUGAACAUGGAAGAGAAAACCAAAGAGGCAAUUGAUGAAGAUGGCUGGCUGCAUUCAGGUGACCUUGGCAAGUGUGAUAAAGAUGGAUUCCUUUACAUCACUGGCAGAAUUAAAGAGCUCAUCAUCACAGCAGGAGGUGAGAACAUUCCUCCCGUUCCAAUUGAGGAUGCUGUAAAAGAGGCCAUUCCCAUCAUUAGCAAUGCAAUGUUGGUUGGAGACAAAGCAAAAUUCCUUGCUAUGCUUCUAACACUAAAGUGCAACAUAGAUGUAGAAAGUGGGGAGCCAGGAGAUGACCUCACUCCAGAAGCUAUUGAAUUCUGCCAAAAACUGGGCAGCAAGGCUACAAAAGUCUCUGAAAUCAUAAGCAGCAAAGACAAGGCUAUCUAUGCAGCUAUCCAGAAGGGAAUUUCAGCAGUCAACGAGAGAGCUGUCUCAAAUGCUCAGAAAGUCCAGAAGUGGGUCAUUCUGGAGAAGGACUUCUCUCUCUUUGGCGGAGAGCUUGGCCCAACAAUGAAACUGAAGAGACCAGUGGUGGCACAGAAGUAUAAAGACCAAAUCGAUCAGUUUUAUAUGGAUACACCGACCACAACAGAGAAUGAUCUUAGGCGGUAACAUGGCAGCUUUGUGACGUGGUAGAAACUUUCCCUGUUGUGCGAGUGUGCUGUCAGCCUGGGCUUCCCAUGAAGGAAUCAGUGGGUUCUCUUGAAAUAAAUGAGGUUUGGCUAUCAUGAAGACUCCCUAAAUUGCUUAGCUGUACAUUUUUUGGCCUUCUUACUGCCGUAAAUAUGAUUGUGCCUGGUUUCCUAUGUGUAUAUUCAAAUGCUGAGAUAUUCCUGAAUAUCUACUUUGCAUUUGUCUUUUCCUUUUUUUUUUAUAAGGGCAGUGCAUUUACCUUAUAAGUUCAUAGUGUGUUGUCUUAACCAAAGUUUUCUUUUCCUGAGCUGAAUGUAAAACAAUCAGGAACUGCAUUUUUCCAGCUACGUGGGGAAGGCAAAUUCUUUUUAUAGUGGUAUACUUCUUUUUUUCCCUUGAUGCAUUUUAAUUGCAUGCUGGUGACAUCUGAAUUAUUUUAAAUCUCUCUACCAACAAACUAUCUUCUGUCAAACAAGGCAAAUUCUGUGUGACUACACACCCUGGCUAAGUCUGUAUGUGGAACCUGGGAUUUACUGGGUUGGUCUGUGCAAUAUUUUGAAUGUUUCAGUGUCUUGAGUUAUUAUGAAACCAUAAAUUAUAGUGCUAGAGUAGUAUACAUGGACUGUAUUCUGAAAGCAUUCCACAAAGGGAUUAUUUGAAAAUCUGUGUGUGUGUGUGUAACCUAACUGUAAGCUUACAAUCAUAGAGAUGUUGUUUAGUGCAUCCUGAAACAUAGGCAACUCCAGAGCUGUUGGGCUGGGUUGCAGAAGCAGGAUCUGUACACAUGUGGAGUGGAGCCUGCAGAGGGCGCUGAAUUGCUAGAGGGCUGAUCAGUCCUCCAGACGAAUCUGCCAUUCCAGCCACUGUAAAGGCCCACCACAGCGAGGUCAUUAGAAGCCUCCAUCAAAGCUGUGCAGAAGCAUACAUUAACAAUAGCUCCUGAAGGCCAUGGGUGGUUCUGCAAAGUGUAUUGCUGUCUGCCCCCUGCCCGGAUGGACUUCAGUCACCUUAGCAAAUGGAGGAUAGCUUGUAAAAUUGCUUAUUUCAAACUAGAAAUCAUUACAAGUGGAACAGUUGUACUCUGGUUCUGGAUAUUGUUUCCCUGGACAAAGGAGGACUAGCCAGAGAUAUCAAGUGCUUUGAUUGGAAGUGGCAUGCAGGGGAGAAGCAACUACACUAUUAAACUACACUAUUAUUGAGCAAACAGCUCAAGCAAGCUGCAAGGGCCUGGCUCUGUACCUGCAGUACUGGUAGCAAAACCUUGCUGUGGGAGGCAGUAACAGUUAGCAGAGCAGGGAGAUUUUUUAGGGCUUGAUCUGGAAUUACUACCCCAGCAAGCAGCUCAGUGAACUUGUGCAUUGCGCCCAUACCUCCAUGCAAGCGCACAAUUGGCCCUACAGUCCCUCUUGUGCAACUGUAGUCUCAGCUGUGAGUCUGCAAUGUCUUGACUUUCAGAGAAAUGCCUAAUAAAUAAACGCUGCAGUUUGUGUCUCAA